CUUAUUUAAUAUCGCAAAUUAAUGGUAUUGUCACUGAUAAAUUAUUAGGCAGAUCUGCGUUUUUCUUAUAGACGAUAAAUAUCGAGACCUCUGUUUAUAUAAAAUGGCACGUAAAACAGUAAAGAAAACGAAUAGUAAAAAGUUCAAAGGAAAUGAAACUUUUAUACCUAUUGACGACGUCUCAGAAGAUGACGGUAGCGAUGCUGCUGAGUUCGAGGCGAUGGGCCUUCCUCAGGAUGUUGAUGACGACGCUAUAGACAGUGAGGAAUAUGAAGAGUCGAUGAUGUAUAAUGACGGUGGUAACAUUGAUGAUUCGGAUGAGGAAGAUAUCGAUUCGGAGGCUGAAGAACUUAGCAGUAAGAAGAGGUCGUCUUGGGGAAAGAGGUUGGGUAAUUAUUACGACGAAGGCUCUGAUGAUUAUUCUGAUGCCGAUGACCUCAAUGAUCGUAUUGCUGAAGCCAAUCGCAUUGCAGAGGAACUCUACGCAGACGUCGACGAUGAGGACGCUGAACUAGAUGACGUAGUCGAACAGGAGGACGAUGCACCACCAGAUGAAACAACAAUAAACACUAUACUGGAAAACCUAAGUGCAUCAUUAGAAAAGGAGAAAUCGGAGGUUGGGUUGCCUCCAGAUUUCUUCAAAAUGACGGAAUCUGAAAAGCUGGAUUACUUAGAAAAUGAGCAUACCGAGUUUAUUGCUCUGCUGAAGGAAUAUCGGGACAAUGUUGCUGUUGUGAAAGAUCAAGUGUUAAAUCUUAUUUAUGAAGGGAACGGUAUCCCGAAAGGCUGCACCAAGGAUGGCAUGGAAUAUCUAGAUCUACGAAACGAACUUCUGCUAAUGUAUGUAACUUAUCUAAGUUACUACUUACUCCUUAAAACACAAGGGAUAUCAAUAAAGAACCACCCAGUUAUUAACAGGCUUUUGGAAUUACGUAUCAUGUUGGACAAGGCCCGGCCUAUAGAAUCGCGAUUGCAAUUUGAAAUUAACAUGCUUUUGGAUGAAUCCGGUAUCAAGGAUUCUGGUAAAUCCGCUCCGAAGCCACGCCCUGAUAUGCUCGAUAUAGAAUCCAGGGAGGUGGAUAACAUCUAUAGGGCUACUCCCGGGGUGCCAUUAAUGGAAACAGAUACUUUCGCACGUCAACAAAAGAAAUCAGAACGAAUGGAGAAAGUUGUCAGCGGUCGUCGUAUGCUUGAACAAGCCCGUGAACAGCAAGAAUUUGAUGACGGAGAUGCUAUCGAUAGCACAUACAAGAGUAAGAAGGCAGUUAAGAUGAUGAAGGCGUUGUUGGAACGUGAACGAUACGAGAUGGAAAACAUGAGAAGACUGCCAAUGAAUAAGAUGGCCAAGAAAGAGUUACGGGCGUUCCAAAGGAGCCAAGGUGAUAAACAGGGCGGUAUAUUACUCGAGGAUUUGAGCAGUUUUGCAUCUGAUGCAAUGCCUAAAAGAGCUAAGAAAUCAGAUAUUACUGUUGGUUUGAACGCCGCGGCACAGGCCAUGAGGCAAGAUAUUCUGGAGACCGAGAAGCAACGUGCAUCGGAUUCUUACUACAAACCACAUGGAUUGAAGAAAUCGAUGAAAUCAAGUACUCCAGCUAUACAACAUAGACAAGAGCAACCGCGCAAGAGGGAUUACGACGAUGAAUUGGCUGAGAUUAAACAGCACCAAAAUGAAUUGAAAAGUAGUAUCAGAGGAAAAAGCACGGAAAAGUCCAAAAGGAAAUACGAGCAUGUGGAAGUUGAAGGCAAAAGAGUUGCCGGGUCUGAUAUACUGCGCAAUAAAGGUCUUACAAGAGUACGCAAGAAGACUGCUGGUAAUGCUCGUGUGUCAAACCGUGCUAAAUACGAAAAGAAGGUGGUGUCUAAUAGAUCCAAGGUGGGUGGUGCCCGAGUAGAGACACCUGGUUACUCCGGAGAAACAACUGGUAUCAAUGCCAAAAAGAAGAAGUCUGUUACCUUCUAGUAUAGUGGUGUC